CGCUCUCACUUCUGUAAAGACGUGGUUGAGCGAGAACUUCUCCAUGAAAGACUUAGGGGAUGCUAGUUAUGUCCUUGGCAUAAGAAUCUACCGAGAUAGAUCAAGAAAGUUAAUAGGUCUGAAUCAAAGUACAUAUAUAGAUAAAAUCCUUGAUCGAUUUAGUAUGUCUAACUCAAAGAAAGGAUCUUUACCUAUGACACCUGGCACGGUUCUUUCCAAGAGCCAGAGUCCUUCUACUCCCGAGCAGAAGGAAUUCAUGAUGAAGGGAAGUCCAGGAGAAGCACACUGGACAGCGGUCAAGAACAUCCUCAAGUAUCUUCGCAAUACUAAGGAUGCAUUCCUGGUAUACGGUGGUGAGGAAGAGCUAAAGGUGGUCGGUUACACUGAUGCUAGCUUCCAAACCGACAGAGACGAUUCAAAAUCACAAGCAGGAUAUUUGUUUUGCCUGAAUGGCGGAGCUUUUAGCUGGAAGAGCUUCAAGGAGGAUACAACCGCCGAUUCGACUUCAAAGGCUGAGUACAUAGCUGCCGCCGAGGCAGCUAAAGAAGCUAUUUGGAUCAAGAAGUUCAUUACUGAACUUGGAGUAGUUCCUAGUAUUAAUGACCUUAUCUCGUUGUUUUGCGACAACACUGGGGCCAUUGCACAGGCAAAUGAACCGCGAUCUCACCAGAAAACCAAACACAUUGUACGACGCUAUCACAUCAUGCGAGAAAUCGUAGACAGAGGAGAUGUGAUGAUUUGCAAAGUAGAUACUGAAGACAACAUAGCCGAUCCCUUGACCAAGCCUUUAGGAAAGCUAAAGCAUGAGGGUCACACUAGGUCCAUGGGCAUUCGACCGAUGCCAGAUUGGCCAUAGUGCAAGUGGGAGAUUGUUGGAGUUGUGCCCUGAUGGCCAACUGUUUAUCGUUAUUCUAUCAUAUAUAGGUAGAUAUAAUAUGUUUACACAUCUCAUGCUAAUGUAAACAAAUAUUAUAUUCCUAGAUUUAUAUUUAACUAUGUUUAUCAGAUAGUGUUAUUCUACUGAUGAGACUAACAUCUUGAAAUAAAUAUUUAUCUAAAUG